AUGAAGAGAUGUGAAGCUAAGGAGAAAGAGAGAGAGAGAGCUGAGCUGAUGAGACAAUAUAAAGAGCUGGCUGUGCAGGCAGAACAGGUGAAAGCAGCACUGGAGAAAGAACUGAGGGAACAAUGGAAUAGCGUAGUACAGGAAAGGACAUUUCAACCCGGAGCACAAAGCACCCCAGGAGAAACAUUGAGUAGCAGAUUCAUAACAGUGGACGAGACUGGGAGUCAGAUAGAGGUUGAAGAACAGGGAACAUAUCCAGUUGAAAUCAGAGGAGAAAUGAAGGUGGGUAAGAGGAUGAAAGAGGAGAGCAGAUAUAACUACAGUACACAGACACCAAAGAAAGAACAGGAAGAAGAUGAACAGGAAUGUAGGGAACUACAUCUCAUUCGUAGGGUACCUAAUAUCUGCCCCCUAGUGGAGACAAGUGGAAAGGUAGAAUACAAACCAUGGUCAUUCACAGACAUGGGAGCUAUCCUUGCAAAGCUACCUCAUAUCACGAGUGGUGGGGGUAAAUGGAUAGGGAAGGUAAUAACUUUGACACAAGGGCAUACGUUGGCGAUCGGAGACCUUAGAGCAUUAUUGGGACAGGUACUGACCGUAGGACAGAUUACGGAAAUUGAGCGAGAGGCAGGAACGGUAGGAUUAUAUGAUGACUAUCCAUACUGUCGAGUUGCAUCAGAUUGGGGAAAGGCACUGCGAAAGCUGUACCCAGCGCCAGCAGGCACCCUUUACAAUAUAAAAUUUUCUCCAAAAGGGGAAGAAACAGCAGCAGCAUAUCUGAGUCGAUGCAAAGGAGAGUGGGAAGAGCAAACAGGGGCUCAUCCACAUUCAGAUAGAAUACAGGAACAGAUGUUCAGAGCUGCUGUAUUGGAAGGGACUCCUAAAUCUGUACAGGAUGAAAUAAAAGCCAACCCCGACUUACCAGGUGCUUUAUGUGAGGUUUGGGAACGACAUUUCCUUCAUCACAUGUCUAGGGCGAACGAAAAAGAAAAAGAAAAGGUAGGGGAAGUAGAGGAAUUGAAAAAACAGUUGCUAAAAUUACAGUUGCAGGAAGCAAGAUCUAAAUUAAAUGAAGAAAAAGGGAAAAAGAAGGAUAUACAAAUGGUAGUUCAGGAGAUGAAAGCCCCUCCAAGAUAUAACAAAGAACAGGAAGUUGACCCAUCAAAUGUUAUAUGGGAGAGAACCACCCAAAGACCAAUGUAUUACUCCAAUAGAGGUAGGGGUGGGGAUUACAAUAGGGGGAGGGGAAGAGUGCAGUAUCAGGAAGGGUGUUUCCGUUGUGGUCGUCCGGGACACUUCGUCCGUGAUUGUCGGCAACCUGAACUCGGAGCCCAACAGAGACCGUCUCGGGGCAGAGGCCAUAACCCACACAUGGCCCCUAACGUGGAAAAAGCACCACGACCACACUCGCAGUACCCUUUGUCCACUGGAGGGGAAAGGGAGUGGUACUGAGACAGCCCACGGAACGACCUCAGCAGGGUCAGGGCGGAACCCUUGCUGACUUUGGAGACGAAACCACUGAAGUAAGGGGGUUUUCCGGGGCUAUAACUAGACUGCCAUUCUCCAAAGAACUCACAGUGCAGUGCAUGAAAAAACAAUCACUGACUCACUCUUUUCUGCUGUCAUAUUCCUCACCGACAAAUUUGUUGGGAAGAGACUUGCUAGUGAAACUUGGAGCUGAAAUCCUAUGCAGCCCGGAGGGGAUUAUAGUAACUAUGAAAAAUGGUAUCACCAUGAACUGUUCCAUCAUGACCACAAUGAGAACGCAUGGACAAUGGUUACUUUCUGCAAACACCUCUCCACAGGGAGCUGACAUUUACUGGGGGAGGGUGCUUCUGGGGGACACAGGUAACACCCUGAAAGAUCUGUACUCUCAAUGGGAACCUUGGAUAUUAUCAUUAGCGCCAUACACUCAGCUAAUAGAUCCACUGCAUGUCACUCUGUUUCAUGAUAGAACACAAGAGUACUGGUACCAAGAACAAUUUGAUAACAUUGCAGGAGAACAAUGGGAAAUUUUUGGGGGCAGGAAUAAUGAUAGGCAAAGAGGGAGUGGCAGCUAUAGUAAAACUUACCCCUGAACAGGAACAAUGGUAUAAAAUGAGGGAAGAGGCAUCACCCUAUAUAUCAUUAUUAGUACACCCACAACACCAAGCUAAAGAUCUAGAACCAAUGGUAAAGAAGGGAAUACACUUAACAGAUUGGAGGGAAACCCAACACCUUGGUGUAAAAUAUUCACCUAGCUCAGGGUAUUAUUUGAUCACACAAGAAACAAAAGACACUGUAGUGUUGGAACACGAAUGGCUCACAAGAUGGCAUGGUAGGGAGAAAAGUGAUCAUGAAGAUGCUGAAACAAUGUUGAAAAGUUUGCCCGAUCAGUUAUGGACUCAGAGUCCCACAGAUGUAGGGUUUUGUAAAAAUUACCCAGAAAUUUCGUUCGAGCUGACAUGUGAUGAUCCAAUUUGGAGGCCUCAAUAUAAGCACAAACCAAAGGCAGAGGAAGGUAUCAAAGAUACCAUUGAAGGUUUGUUAACCGCAGGGGUUUUAGAAUAUGCGGAUUCCAAUUGAAACACACCCAUUCUGCCUGUGGAAAGACAAAACACAGGAAAAUUCAGAAUGGCACAUGAUUUGAGAACAAUCAAUCAAAUCAUGAAAACUCCAACUUUACCUGUUCCAAACCCAUACACUUCUCUGAAUGAAAUCACUCAAAAUCAAUCAUGGUAUACUUGCAUCUAUCUCGCUAAUGCUUUCUUCUGUUUACCCCUUGCAGAGCAUGUGAGAAACAUUGUUUGACCGUACUCACCGGACAAUCUGUGGUAGCUUUUGUGAAUUCGUCAUCAUUUACAUUUUCCACUCUGAGACAAAGAAAGUUGGAAAACUGUCUCGCACAACCAAAUUUGGUUUUCACGCAUGAGGGCAUAAACAUGGCCUCAUAUUGGACAGAAGGAGAACCCCAUGACUGUUGUAUGACCGUGGAAAGGGAAGAGAAAAUUAGACCAGAUUUGUUGACACAAAUCAUUCCAGAGGGAGUUAUGGUGUUUUCAGAUGGAUGUUGUUUCAGAGAUUCGAGUGGAACACUGAGGUCAGGAAUAGGUAUUGCAGCACUGGAAGAGGAAGAGAUUGAAAUAUUGAUAGCAGAACCUUUACAGGGACAUCAGUCAGCUCAGAGAGCAGAAAUUGUGGCAAUGUCAGAGGCGCUAGAGUGGGGAGAAGGAAAAAUAAUCAACCUUUUUAGUGACUCUGCCUAUGCAGUGGGUGCAGUUGUAACAGAAUUACCUAAGUGGAAAAGAUGUGGUUUUAUGGCAGCUAACAACAAACCUAUUAAACAUCAGGAAGACAUCAUAGCAUUAGCAGCAGCUAUUUUGAAACCCAAGCAGGUGGCAAUCAUAAAAUGUAAAGGUCAUGAUAACAGUAACUCAGAUGCGGCACAGGGUAACCGGAUAGCCGACAUGGCGGCAAAGCAAGGUGCAGGGUACGUCACACAAAUGGUGUUACAAGAUGCAGAACAGGAAGGUACCAAUAACAUUUUACCUGACCCAGACAUAGCAGUAGAGCAACACAAAGCAUCACCUGAGGAAAAGUCUAUGUGGCUUCAAAAGGGGGCGGUACGUUUGAACAACGGCUGGGUAGGACCGGACGGUAAACCAGUAAUUUCACCUAGUAUGGUAAAACCCCUUAUCACUCAAGCACACACCCCCUCACAUGUUGGAAUCAAACAAACCAUUUCCAAUCUUAACCAGUGGUGGCACCCAUUCCUGGCUGCUACAGUUAAAGAAUUUAUCGCUAACUGCAGGGUGUGCUCCAUACACAAUGUACGUGCUGGAGUGAAAUGUGCCGCAGGAGUCUUCCCUCCACGGGGACCUGGUGAGGAAGUGGUUAUCGAUUACACAGACAUGGGGGAGAGAGUGGAAGGUAAACGUUAUCUUUUAGUUUUCAUGAAUGUGUUUUCAGGUUGGCCAAAGGAGUGGCCCACGGGGGAGGAAGAUUUGAUUUCAGUGAUUGAUUAACCAAUAAAUUCCGCGUUACGGUUUUCCGUGAAUAAAUCGCUUAGACAACGGUACAAAUUUUAAGAAUGCGGAUUUACAAAAGGUUGAGAGUGAACUGGGAUUGAGUUUCCGUUUCGGGACCGUAUACCAUCCUAAAUGACAGGGAAAAGUUAAACGUAUGAAUCUUAACCGCAUGACCUCAUUUAAACCAUUUGAACUUCUGACGGGUCGUUCAUUUCCUGGUCCGUUCAACCCAGUGCACCCUGAACAAAUAAAAAUCUUGAUCACAGAACAUAAUUAACCAAACUGAAUGAUAUUGUUUCAAGUUUUUCCAAACAGAAAACCAUCUCUCAUGCACAUCUCUCCAGAUGCAGAAAUCACUCAAUUGGCGGAUUGGGUGAUCCUACGGGAUAUGGUAAGAUUGGACCUGCAGGAACUGCAGGACCAAAAGGGGGAAUCCAACACAGGGGAACAACAGCAGGUUGACAUUUUUCAAAAGAACACAAAAGUAACACACAAAGAACUAAAGGGGGACUUAUUAAACAGUCCAGAACAUGAACUCAAAAAACACUGUGAAGAACAAAGGGUAAAAAAGUUGGCUAUACCCAGGAUUGGGUGUUGUCGGGAUAGAUUAGAGUGGGAAAAAGUAAGGGAUUUAAUCAAAGAAGAGUUCCAAAACACAGAAAUAAUCAUUACUGUGUAUGUAAGGGAAUAAUAAGUGAAAAAGGGGAGAUUGUGAAGUAUUUUACGAGUUUUAAAUAUUUUAAAUUUUUAUUUUGAGAUUUUCCAGAUAUUUUACAUUUUUCCAUUUUGAGAGUUUUCAAAUAUUUUACGUUUUUCUAUUUCAUGAUUUUCAAAUAUUUGACACUUUUCUACUUUCAGAUUUUAAGAUUUCACAUUUCAAUAUUUUACAACUUCCAAGUAUUUUACAAUUUACUAUUUUUGGUGGUUUUUAAAGGUGUUACAUUUGAUCAUUUUCAUGAGUUUCAAGUAUUUUACACGUGACUGUUUUUGAGCAUUUCAAAAAUGUUACAUUUUUCUACAUAUUGUGAUUUUUCAAGGGUUUUGCAUUUUACAAUAUUUUAUGAUUUUCAAAGGACUUACAUUUUAAUAUAUCCUUUUGUGAGCAUUGUUGAACAUAUUUGAUGAUAUAUAUUCUUUCAGGGGUAUUUUCGGAGAUAUCAUAACAUCGUUUUGCAUUUUUUUAUAGAUUCUUUUACAAGGACAUUUUGAAGAUAUUUUACAAUUAUUUUAAAUUAACAUAGAUUCUUUUGCUAUAGAGUUGUGUUUGACAGUUUUACUUUUAACGUGUGUGUUUUGAAAUUAUUUCACAUCCAGUUUGACUAUAUUUUACAGCCUUCAUCUAUAUUUUUACAAAUGUUUCAUAAUUGUUUUAUUUCUGGGAUAUUUUACAUUUUUAUUAAUUGACAGUUUUAGAGGAAUAUUUACUAUAUUUUGGUUAUAUUUGAGUGUGUGGAGGAUAAACUUUUGCUAUAUUUUACAGGACGUUUAUAAUACAUGUUCACCAAAUAUUUCACAGUUCUUUUAUGAUAAUCUAUAAGGUUUAAUAAUAAGAGGUGCACGAAGAUAAUGUAUAUUGUAUAAGGUUUGUGCCUAUCUUCUUAAAAUAUUUUCAAGCAGAGAUAAUAUUUACAAGAAAUCAUAUAUUUGCGGUAGUGCCUGUUUAAAAAAAUAAACAAACAAAUAAAUAAACUGACAAAAAUUCAGGGAUUAAGAACCCAUGUAAUAGCUGGAUGACAAAAUGGUUUGGGCAAUACAGCAUGCUGAUAACCUCAUUGAUAAUGUCUAUUGCGGUGGCGGCAGUAAUACUGGUAAACUGUGGGUGUUGUUGUAUUCCAUGUAUCAGAUCUUUGUGUAACAGGUGGAUGGUGAAGACGGUGGAGGGGAAGGAUCCUCCACCGUAUCAGAUGCCACUGCUGGGAGCAGUAGGGCUAAACGAAGAAGAACCAAAGGAGGAGGAGUCAGAGGUUGAUCUCCUGUAAAGGAGAUCAAAAGGGGGAAUGAAGGAAAAUUAGAACAUUCCCACAUCCGCAUAUCCUUGAAAUAUGAAUAUUAACCGUGCUUUGAAUAAUCAUGAUUUUAUUAUUGCAUUAUUAAUGAUUGCAUUGCCUUUAAUCAUAAAGAUUUUAAGAAUAGCUUUGAGUAUUAACCUUUAGCAUAUAGUACUAAAGUUAGAAUAGUCUAGCAGACUUAGAGAUAUGAUUCCAUUGUAUAUGGGUUUUGAUAGUUGACUUUUAAAUGUCAUGUGCAAAUUUAGCAGGCUUGGAGUUUUUUCGGUAUGUAUGUAUGUAUGUGUGUUUUUUAACUUUUGCUUUGCAGAGACACCUGGGGAGAAAAACAGGAUGUCGGGGCAGGGUGAAAUAACGGUCAUAGCUAUUUAUAACAGGAUGAACUUCUAAAACAGAAGCACAACUUUCCAUCGAACGGGUCUGGUGAACCUUUAAGAAAGAAGUAAAACUUUCCAUCGAACAGGCCCCCACCCAAUUGCACAUAUAUAUAUUUUGGGUCAGAGGGAGAGGCAGAUCAGAUCAACCGCUCCUCGGGGGAUUUGUUUCUGCAUUGGUGUUGUGUAAAGACAGGGACAGUUUUGACCCAGAGCUCUGUAAUAUUUCAUUUGAGAUACUUAUUAAAAAUAAUUUGAUUUGA